GAUGGUGGGAGUGAGCAAAUGGCGCCAACCCUGUCAACGCCAUUUAGGCCUCUUGUAAUCCGCAGACUGGGACACUCAUCAUUCCAGAACCAUCCACAAAAAUGGAGUGUUGUUACUUCAUCAACUCCUAGAUUCUCUCACCGUCUUCAUCCUCUUUCAUCAUUUACAUCAUCCAUGACUACUCGAGCUUCUUCAAACCCUCCUCCCUCCAACCCCACCAAAACUGUUAGGGUGGUGGUGAAGGGACGGGUUCAGGGGGUUUUCUACAGGAACUGGACGAUUGAGAACGCCACCCAGUUGGGGCUGAAGGGUUGGGUUCGAAAUCGGAGGGAUGGCUCCGUUGAGGCUCUCUUUUCUGGGACUCCAGAUUCGGUUCAAGAGAUGGAGCAGCGCUGCCGCCGUGGUCCACCCGACGCCAUGGUUACUGGGUUCGAGGUUGUCCCUUGCAGCGAUGAUCCGGGGACUGGUUUUCAGCGCAAACCCACCGUUUGAUUCAUCUGUUUGUACCAUUUGUCUGUUUGGUGAAGAUGAGGAGGAGAGGAGGUGCAUUGGUGCUAAGGCUUGUCAGGAAGAUGCUAACAAGAGUCUUUACGUUUUCAAGAAGAUCAAAUUUCACUGUCAGAGCUGCUGCUGCUGCUGCUGUUGAUGAUGAUUGUGAUGACGAUAUGGGUCCAUUGCCAGAGGAUGUGAAGGAGGGACACUUUGUGGUUCAGACCAUCUAUGAUGGUGAACUAAAGAGAUUUGUCAUUGAAUUGGGAUAUUUAGCUCAUCCAGGUUUCUUGAAGUUGUUAGAGCUGGCCGAGGAGGAAUUUGGGUUUGAACAAGAGGGAGUUCUUGCUGUUCCCUGUGGUCCAAGUGAGCUCUUGAGGAUUCUUGAAACCCGAAAAGAGGGAAGUAGUGAUAAUAGAUGAACUUGUAAACCCAAACCACAAGAUUGGCAGUUGCUGGAGGGAAGAUAUGUGGAUUACUGAAUGUUCCUUUUGGUUUCUCCACUUCUAAUGCUAGUUCUUUGUUAUUCAGGUGUAAUAUGUUCUACAACAAAGGGUGUAUGUAAAUUUUGUUGAUCGAACAAAUGAAAUAAUGUAAAAUGGUCUUGAGGUGUGAUGCCCUUAGGAUUCAUAUUAGCUAUAA